AUGUCCACACACGACUGUCCGUCGUCUGCUGGUCUCGUUCAGGCCGGUGUAUGCGCUGAGAUACGUUCAUUCCGUGCAUCUGUCGUUUCAACCGGGCCUCUUUCAAACGAGAUCAUACCUCCCAUUCGCCUUAUUGCCUACAGAGUACCUGGUUCCAAAGUCCAUCAGCCCUUUUUUAACGCAGGACAGUCGCAGUCGUUGAACGCUAUAACUGAAGACGACCUGUCCAACUUGGUUAGGACGAAUGGAAACUCACAUACAGUAUCGCCUUUGGUGGGUAUCCAGAGUGGUUUAGUUCGGGCAAGGGCAUCGGGUGCAAAUAUUCCCACAAAAUCUGGCGAAGAGGCCUAUCGAGCCAUGUCGACGCGACAACCAACACACGGCUUGGUGACUCCAGGAGAUAGUGUCGAGGCACAGCGUAAAGUUCGCUCAACUGUGGAUAAUUGUAGGACGUGCCCUAGCUGCGUCUACAGUGAAGUGCAUACGUCGAGACGCGGAACGCUACGACUUCAAGAAUGUGAUAACUCCCUAGCUUUUCGCCUCACGGCCGAGGUGAUGCGUACUCCGUACUUGCAUACGAAGAAUAACCUUGGGCGGGUGGAAAAAAAAAGGGCUCAUGAUUUAAGUUACCACGGCUGGGUCAAAUCUUCGCCCUGUGGGAGAGAAGGUUCCAAUACCUUCCGAAGCCGCCGGAGACUACUCCCUAUUAGCUGUUGGGUUUUGGCGUUGACAGCAGGCGAAGGAGAUCCCGUUGCUCGGGACGGAUCAGGUUUCCUUUUCCUGAACACCUGCAGACACACCUUUUCGCCUGGAACUGUCAGCGUUGGUGCGGAGGCUGCGGAGGCUGCUGAGCAGGGCAUCCGUUCCGAGGCUGGCCAGUUUUGGAGGGGCGAAGAUGCUCAGGGCAGAGGUACAGGACGGAUUCUAUCCGUGGAGACGCUGGCUUUUCGUUCUCCCGCCUCGGAGGAAAAUAUCGACGUCAUCUGCUGA